AUGGACGGCCCAGAUCAGAUAGGGCCUGAUACAGGCCCUAAACGAACAAUCUCAGAUCGAUUCGGACGAUUCGUCCGGUCGUUCACCACAAAGGAAGGCCUCAUUGGUGAAUACGACUAUGCCAUGCUCUUCAAACCACGCCUACCAUUUAUGAAGAAAUCCCGCUCCCGAACUCCCUUUUUCGGCCUUCACGAGAAAAUCCCUGUCUUCCUCGCGCUCCUACUCGGUCUUCAACAUGCUCUCGCUAUGCUGGCUGGUGUCAUUACACCACCCAUCAUCAUCGGCUCAGCCGCCAAUUUUGAUACUUCCACUUCGCAAUACCUCGUCUCUACAUCACUGAUCGUCUCGGGUAUUCUGUCGGCUAUUCAAAUCACUCGAUUUAGCAUCCCCAAAACACCAUAUUACAUCGGUACCGGUCUGAUUUCUGUCGCUGGUACAUCGUUCUCGACAUUGACCAUUGCCGACAAUGCGUUGACACAGAUGUAUAAAUCUGGAUACUGCCCCAUCGACCCUGAAACUGGCGCAAAGCUCGCUUGUCCUCACGGUUAUGGCGCUAUCUUGGGCACAUCCUGUCUCUGCGCCUUACUCGAAAUUGGUCUUUCAUUCGUCUCAAUCGAUAUCCUCAAACGCAUUUUCCCGCCUUUGGUGACUGGUCCCACCGUGCUCUUGAUCGGUGUCAGUCUGAUUCAGAGCGGUUUAGAAGAUUGGGCCGGCGGUGCUGGUUCCUGUAUGUCGAAUGCUGCAGCUGGCGGUUCUGCCGCUCUCUGUCCCUCUGCGACGGCACCACAUGCGCUGCCGUGGGGAAGCGCCGAAUUCAUCGGCCUCGGCUUUCUGGUUUUUGUUACAAUCAUCCUCUGUGAACGCUUCGGAUCACCCAUCAUGCGAACCUGCUCCGUCGCGGUGGGUCUGCUAGUUGGCUGUAUUGUCGCAGCUGCAUGCGGCUACUUCGAUCCCUCAUCUAUCAACGAAGCGCCCGUCGCAUCAUUCAUCUGGGUCAAGACCUUCCCCUUGAAGAUCUACUCCCCUCUAAUCCUCCCCUUUUUGGCACUCUACAUAGUCCUCAUGAUGGAAGCCAUUGGCGACGUUACAGCCACCUGCGAUGUCUCCCGCCUCGACGUCGAAGGCGAACUCUUCGACUCCCGAAUCCGCGGUGGUGUCCUUGCCGAUGGUCUGAACGGAUUGUUAGCAGGCCUCUGCACAAUCACGCCCAUGUCCACAUUCGCCCAAAACAACGGCGUUAUCGCUUUGACUCGCUGCGCAAACCGCAAAGCUGGGUAUUGGUGCUGUUUCUUCUUGAUUAUCAUGGGCAUAUUCUCCAAAUUCGCUGCUGCGCUUGUGGCUAUCCCCUCGCCGGUGUUGGGUGGUAUGACUACAUUCCUCUUCUCGUCUGUGGCCAUCUCUGGUAUUCGUAUCAUUGCCACCACGCCAUUCACGCGCCGCAACAGGUUCAUUCUUACUGCCUCGUUUGCGGUGGGUAUGGGCGCAACCCUUGUCCCGACUUGGUUCUCAUAUGUAUUCACCUACUCCGGCGACAAUAAAGGAUUAAUCGGUCUCAUCGACGCGAUCGAGUUGGUCAUGACGACUGGCUUCGUGGUCACGGGAUUGUUGGCACUGAUUCUGAAUCUGUUGUUGCCCGAGGAAGAUGAUGAUGAGGAGGAGGAAGAUACCCGCUUAUUGGAUGGUGAUGCUACUACUACCUCCGAAGAACACAACAAGACGGCAGCGGCAUCUGAGGAUGCCACUAAUGUCUCGAGUGAGAAUGGGGAGAGCAAGUUGACGAAACUUUCAUGA